GCCCUGCCCCGGAGYCCCGCACUCUGGCGUCUCCUCGCGCCUCACCCCGGCUAGGCACAAUGGUAGGGUCCACAUACGUCAUCCAUUGUUUACAAAUCAACCCGAGCCGGCAGGAUUCCGGCUCCCCCGGCUGCUUGCGCGCGGCGCUACAACCCCGCCGACCCGGCUUCCGCAUCCCCCCGUCCCCGGCCUCAGCUUCAGCCUCCGCCCGGCGCCCCGCGCCUGCCGGAGCCGCGGCCCGCCGAACCCGCGGGCAGCCGAGCCACCGCGACGCCCGCAGAGCUUCGGGUGCCCGGGAGGGGGCCAUGCCGUGCCGGAGGGAGGAGGAAGAGGAAGCCGGCGAGGAAGCGGAGGGGGAGGAGGAGGACGACGACAGCUUCCUCCUGCUGGAGCAGUCGGUGACGCUGGGCGGCUCGGGCGAGGUAGACCGACUGGUGGCCCAGAUCGGCCAGACGCUGCAGCUGGACGCGACUCAAGACAGUCCGGCCUCCCCGUGCGUGUCCUCAGGGCCGCCGCUGCAGCCCCCGGCGGCGCUGCCGGCGGACAAGGCCCGGUCCCCGGCCGUUCCUCUGCUGCUGCGGCCCGCGUCGGCCGAAGCUGGGGGGCCCGCGCCCCCGGGAGCCCUACGCUGUGCCCUCGGGGACCGCGGUCGCGUUCGGGGUCGCGCUGCGCCCUAUUGCGUGGCGGAGCUCGCCUCAGGCCCCAGCGCACUGCCCGGGCCGUGCAGGCGAGGAUGGCUCCGUGGCGCCGGCGCCUCCCGGCGCAUUCAACAGCGACGGUGGACCCAGGCCGGAGCACGCGCUGGCGAUGACGACCCCCACCGCCUCCUGCAACAACUCGUGCUGUCGGGAAACCUCAUUAAGGAAGCAGUGAGGAGGCUCCAGCGAGCCGUCGCCGCGGUUGCGGCCACCAGCCCCACCGGUGCCUCUGGGCCCGGUGGCGGACGCAGCGGACCGGACCCCGUCGCCCUGCAGACCUCGAGCGCCUUGCUCUGACCCUGGCCCCCUGGAGAAGGAAGAGGACGCCGCUGCCUACUACUCUGCGUCCUGCUCCCAUCAACCCUGAUCUGAAGCCUCGGCCUCUACUCCUGGGAGCGACAGCUUAGGCUGCACGCAGGCGCUUGGAAAGAUCUUAAACCCAGAAGUGGAACCGGCCCGGGCAGUGCUGUCCRAGAACUUAAAGUAUGGUGAAAUGCACGGACCAAGGCACGUCCGUGUCGCGUGAGAAUUUCCCCGGUCACCCCGGGCCAAGGACCUGGGAUAAACUGGGGGACCUAUGGCAGCUACUUGCAUCCACUUGUACCUGACCUAGCCCUUGUGGGCAUCGUGUGCUUGGAUUGUUUUAAAGAUAGGGCUGGAAAGGGGCGGGAAUCGCGAGAGCUUUCUAACAAUACUUGAAAACUAGUGCUAUGGAUACAUUUUCUCGUUAUUUUCCGGUGGAGGAGCUUA